AUGUCGCCUCGAAGCCAUGAUGAUCUUUGGACCAGGUUCCUUAACCUUGACCAAAAGGCCAUCUACGAUCAAACUGUAAAGGAGGCCAAUAGCGACCAUGCACUCAACUUCGUUGUAGAUUUCAGCUACAGCGAGGCCAGAAUCGCAUUUGAUUUGAGUUCUGAUGAGUUCGAGACACUGUUGGGUCAAAAACCCCCCGAGGGCACAGUGCGCUGGAUCAAUAUCUGGUCCCCAGGGACUCAGCGUCCGGCUGUUGAGAAGAUUGGCACUUACUAUGGAUUUUCACCUAGACUUCAGGCCCUCAUGACUGCUGCGCGCAAACCCAACUUUGAACAAGCCAGCGCAGCACAUGCUUCUGGCCCCAGCGAUAUCGAGAUAGGGUCCGUUUCUAACGAAAAGAAGCUAUAUUCAUCAAUUCAGACCUCGACGCAAGUCUCGGAUGACGUGGAGAUCUACCAGCUAGUGAAGGAGACGAUGAAUUAUACGUCCAUUGACCACGGAAAGAAAUUUCUUUGUGUUGGCGCAAAUUGGCUACACCGCCGCCCCGGAAUUGACAAUACGAGCCGGAAACCAAGCCUUCUGCCACCGAAACAUUGGUCAUGGCUUACGCUCUGCUCUGACUCCGUUGUUCUGUCAUUCCAUGAAAUUCCACCCUGUGAACGCAAUAGUGUUUCUUGGGUCGAGGAAGAACUGAGGAACAUGCGAUCUAACACUGUUGCUGUCCUGUGCCAACUAUCGAAUCACGGUGACAAAGAUUAUAGAGAUCGAGUCAUUACACUGAAGUCAGUCAGACAGACAAUGCCCAAGGACGGGCCAGAUUGCGAGAAGGCUCGUGAAGGUUCAAGUAAUCUAUUCUUUUAUCUGUUUGAGGAUUAUUCAGGGGCAGCACCGAUUCUGAAGGCGGCGCGUGAUGAAAUCCAUAGCUUGAGUGAACAUAUACUCACAAGUACGAGUCGGAGAAGCAAGCUGAAAAGUGGCGAUGUUAUCCGGCCUUUACAUACUCUGAGAAAGGAGUUGCGGCAGUUGCACCACCUAUUCGAGAGCUACAAAAGCCUUAUAAGGCACAUUUGUAACAGACCACAAUCCGAGGAUGACCAAAGAAUGUGCCUGUGCGAUGUUCACCAGUCACAAGGCGGCAUAUUGGGGAUUAAGAUCUCCACGUCAGCAAGGAGUCGUUUCGAUCGACUCGGAGACCGGUUGCAGUUGCUGAUGUUGAACACUAUUCAGGAGUAUCUGGAGGAACUGAACGCGCUGUCUGGCACGUAUUUCAAUCUCACUGCCCAAAAGGAUUCACAGGCCACUGCCCGCCUCAGCAGAAGCGCCACUGUACUUGCUAAGCUGAGCGUUUUUUUCCUCCCUAUCACCUUCAUGACCAGUUAUUUCUCCGUCGAGAUACCCGAUUUGGUGGAACACUACACACCCAAAAUGUAUUGGAUUUGCUUUUCUGUGAUUGCCGGUCUCUCUUUUAUCAGCCUUUUUUUCUUCAGCCGCAUGCUGGAGUUCCUCAGCGACGUCCUGGAGGGCUGGGCUGAUGCGGCAUCGCGGAAGUUCCGUCGUCUCUGCGGCUUCUGUGUGCAUGACGAGAAAGACGAACAUUAA